GAUGCUGUGAGAUGCAAAGUGCUGAGUGUAUCUGUGGUAAAUCGAACCCUUCAGCCAAGUGAAGGCAAUAGUACCGGUACUCCAUUCCCGAAUGCCUGCAAAGUUCCUUGCCUUCUGUCAGCUACGUAAAAGUGCACCAUUCCCGAAUGCUGGCUACGUUCCUCGCCCUCAGUCAUACCCAAAAUCAUUCAAGCUACUCCAGUGAAAGUUGGCGACAGCGCCAUCAAGAACAGCGGCAGCUGGAACAGCUGGAGGAGAAGGAGGAGCAGCAGCGUCCUCACACCACCUGUCAGCUCUGUCUCCACCACAGAUCGACCGUUCUAGUUCUGUCUGUUUCUGUCUCGCCCACAGUUUUCAAAAUCAAAAUUCCCGACGACGCAAAGAGAGACCGCCUUGUCAAGACUACCUCACUCAUAGAACCGACCUCGACUUCAGUGUAUGCUUGUGCCCAUUCGUUCUGAAGUCGCUUAUUAAUCGUUUUCUAUUUAUAUACAACAAUCUAUUAAGACUUAAUCAAAAUAUCGCUACUGAUUCACUUAGAAUCAGUUUAACAACAUUUCAGACCAAAAUCAAAACGCUGUCUUAUUUCUUUGUGAGAAGACGAUCAACAUCAAAAUAACAUUUUUAUAAACUCACAAAAUCCCAACGAAAAGGAAACUGUUUUUUAAAAAGUACCAGCUGUCUUCAGUACAGCAGCCACGUCGAUAUCAAACCAUCUUUCCUCAUAUUAUACCCAAUCAGUUUCGACCGUUUUAUCACAGUACACUUUUGUUUACGGUCGAGUUGAACCCUUGUCUGUUUGUCUUCAGCUAAAUGCGAAGUAGCGGCGCUACCUAAUUAUAUGUUACGUCGUUGCUUGUACCACAACCUAAAAUUCGUAAACAUUGCCUCACAGUAAUACGAUCCCUUUUCUGGAUGACAUUCCAGCAGCAACUAUUAUCUUGUUCUCUACCGAUUUUUGUUAACGCUUUCUUAAAUCUGCGUUGUAGUGCGUGCUUUUUUGUUAUAAUAAUUCGACUGAGACAGCUACUUACUGUUGCAACAUGAGCAGUUAGUUGCAGCAACUGAUCGAAUUCCUGAGCUCUUGCAUUGCUGAGACACUUGUUGUUUUGCAAGCUACAUCAAUGGUAACGACAUUGUUGCGUUUACGACAUAACUCAGAGAUUGAAGACGGUCUUUCUGGAAACCCUCACCAAAACGUUUUGUUGUGACUGCUUUGUGUUAGGACCAAAGCCACGCUGAUUGUCUCUGCGAUAAGUAUCAGCGGUUUGAAGACCACGUGACUGUUAUAUAAGGUACGUUCGUUGCAUAAACAACGGAUUUAGCAACAGGCAACCUGGUGGCGAUAUUCUAGCGGGGUGUCAUCAGUUUCAAAUCAAGCGGCAUUAUUCAACGGAAGCCCCAAAGCGAUUCUUUUAUGUGGCGUCGUGUGAUUUGAAGCUAGGAAACCCUGAAGACGGAGUUCUAAGAGACCUGGAGCUGUAAAGCAUAGUCAGGAGAACCAAGAUCCCGCCUUUCCAGUGGAGUCUGCUCGUGAGCGCCCUACUCGGUUCGCCACAUCUCGGCCUUCCUUGCCGUCGCUCACCCGACGCGCGUGCCGCAUCGAUCGGGUGCGUGCUUCUCUCUCCCCUCCGACUCGCUGGCGCCGCGCGGCGUACGUCAGAUUCACUAAUACUAUUAGUUUGUGGUCGAGGAGGCUGCUUCGCUAACCACCGCCACUCAUCAGUAGUGGCAGAUGCGUUUACGCUGUUGUUCUCUGGACGCGCUCGAGACUUUUUGAUUGUUUGUAUUCUUGUGGACAGAGGUCACGCCGUGCCAGAACGACGUGCAUCUGAACACACGGACUUAUCAAGUGUCUGGAAGGGGAUUCCGGCCCACCUAGCAGACUGUGCUAUGAACAAAGAGGACGAGGGUGACAAGGAGACUGAUGAUGCGGAGGCUGCUGAGAUUGAAGAGGCCAGGAGAGAGAUGGAGGAGAAGAGGAAGGAGAAACACAGGAAGAUGGAGGAGGAGAGGGAAACAAUGCGUCAGGGAAUCAGAGAUAAGUAUGGCCUGAAGAAGAAAGAGGAGAUCGUGGAGGAGGAGGUGGACCCCAUGUCUGAGGGCCGAGUCGGACGCAAAAAGAAAACCCCCGCCGAGCUGGCCGCUGAGGCGAACAAGGAGGACUCGGACGACGAGGAAUUCGCAAAGUUUCCCCCAAAUCUAAGUGAAUUGUCCACCAAAGUCAGUGAACUCCCAGCCAAAUUGGCACAAGGAGUAGGGGAGGUCACAGAGAAAUGUGUCUUGCAAUGAGUCAAAGAAAUUAGUGCCAGCGCACGAGUUGUAUCCCGUUGUCCUUGGAAAGAGUUGCUGAUGUCGGGAUGUGCGACGUGGCACGUGAUCAACUUACACCGCGCCUCUGUGGGCUGCUGUGGGCGUGUGACCAUUGUUUGUUGAGUUUAUUGAAUCAACUUAUUGUAGGUGGUGUAGAGCCAGAUGUGUGUUAACGACCAAUUAUCCAAGUUUUAUGUUAAUGUAGUGCCAGAGCAGAUAGACUAGAAUGACUAUUUUCUUGAUCUUGAAUGGUUCACAGAUUGCAAUGGUUACAUAGAGGUUUCAAAAUCAUGAGGUAAAGAACAUAUACGCACAUUUAUUUUCAUCUUUAACAAUGGUUUUUAAUGAUUUACCAGCUUUAUAGUUUGUUUGGGUAAUGGCCAAUGUUUAUUAUUAAAUGUAAAGUUCCUUCUGAAUAUAAAAUUGUGCACGCGCGAUACCUAACAAAGAAUGCUACCUUUGCUUUAUCGUUUAAAGAAGUCUGAAAAAAUCAACAGCGGCACUGAACUUUGUUUCUUUUAUCACAGUACCUUCAAGAACAAAGACAUAAUAAGACAAUGGAUUCUGUUAAACUUAAGUUUUCUCACUCAUCUCGUACAGUACACCUGUUAACAAUGUGGAACCCAGUACCUAGCUCAAAACUUUUUCUAUAACAGCGUAUAUACGGUAAUGAGAUAAGGUGUAACCAUCUCAACUGAUUGUACAGCCAACACCGGAAAUGAAGAUAUCAGUAUUGAGAAGCGACGUCUUAAAAGCGUGGACAUUCUGUUGAAAUAAUGGCGUGAAUAUUGUUGCUUUUUUCUCACAGCCACAGCUCAUUUGACUUCAAGACAGUAUUGCAGAUGUUGGAGUUGGCAGCAGUUGUGGUCAACACGUGUUAUGUCAGGGCAUUUUUUUCACAGGUCAAGGAUAAAUUACAAGCUUUGUGUACAGUGCGGCCCAUUCCAUUUUUGUGAAAUUGAAUUUUUAUUGAGAUUCAUAAAAUGAUGUUUUGUUUUGUUUUGUCUUUCUUACUUUUUUCUUUAUUGUAUUUUUAUAUACAAAUAUACACGUACACUCCUGCAUACUUUCCCCAUUCCGUGUCGUCUUCUAGUGAGUGAAGUGUUGUGAUUUUCUUAGUGUUGUUAUGAGCAAUUUUGCCUCAUGAAUCUGUAUAGUGAUACAGAAAAAAAUUAUUCCAGUCUGACAUAAUGGAAAAGAGACAUUUUGGUAAUAUUUUGAUUGUCAAAAGGGCUCAUACACUGUAAGUUACCAAGACUCUUCCACGUUAAAAGAUGUUGUUUUUUUUCUACUGCAGACACAGAAGUGGUGUGUCCACCUUUUUUUCUGGUGGUUGUUUGGUCUUUGCUCUAAAGUUUGGCCAUGUGAAGUUGGUAGAACAGUUUGUGUCUUGAAAAUUAUUCAUAUUGAGAAAGCCUUCAUUUCCCACAAAGAACAGAGAAACACUUGAUUGUUCCAGAAUUAGUGUGUAAAGCCCCAUUAAGAAUAUCUUAAACAAAAACUUACUGCAAGUUUCUUUUCCAAGUACCAAGGAGGGUUGGUAUAGCCACCUGGUUAUGACCAAGUGUGUGUUGUGCUGUACGAAGAACUACACAAGUUGAUUCUUCUUGAUAAUGUUGUAUUGUAGAUAGGGUCUUGCUGUUUCACUCACUUCCUUUCCCUUAAUUUCCAAGCUUGUUUUAUUGGCUAAUAAGGAAAGCUUUAUUCAUUGCUACGUCUCAUAUUGCUGUCAGUGACACAGUUCUGAAUUGUACAAUAAUGUGUUGAAACUGUCUUUGAUUUGUUGUUCCUGCUCUUAAACACUGCAUACCCCCAUCAGACGCUACCACCGAAUACCGAAGAACGUAUUAGCUUCCUAGAAUAUUACUAUUAGGUGCACACACUUGAAUGUUCUUUUUUUCUGUCAGAUUUUGCACAUUCUCUUCUGUCCCUUCCUCCCUUUUUUAAUGUUUUAUCAGAUGUUGUGUCACGUUUAUGUAGUAUAUUUUCACAUAUUUAUCUGUUUUUUGAGCAGUCUUCUUUUGGCUGUAAAAUUAGGUGACUGACAUAUUAAAAAAUAGUGGACAUUUCUGGAGAGCACAUUUUCCAUUCAAAUGGCAAGAAAUUCAUUCCUCUGUAUUAGUAUUAGAAGGGGUAGAGCUGAGUCGGGUUUCAGAAUUACUGUCAUGAAUUAUUUAUUACUGAAGAAAUGUUGCUGAUAUUGCAAUGGGGGGAAAGCUCAUUCGACGUUUUGGACUACGAACAGAUUACAUAGAAAUUACUAGAGCAAAAUAUGAAUUACUCCCUAAGAUGAGCCUAAUCUUUCCAUAUUAUGUCGACAUUCUCAUGACAUGCAUGCAGUGCUGCUAAUACAUAUACAUAGUUAGUUCCCAGCAGCACUCAUCUUAUUUUCCUCUACUACCUGAAGUUAAUAUGAUACAGAGAACUCUUGUCAACUACCAGAAGUAACAUAGCCCCCUUCCUCCCACCUUUCCAUUCGGGCUAGGUGAAUAAGUAUAGAUCUAGGUUGUCCGUACCCAAAGGAUAGAACUGGUCAGUCCAAAUAAUGUGAGGUCUCACUCUCCUUUCCUGUGGCUCAGUUUAGAUCUUCUUGUUGUGCCUCUUUCUUAUAACCUAUAGUGUGUUUGGACUUGUAGCUUGCCCUUGUUGGACACCCACCGCUCCCCAACCCUCCCUCGACCUUUUCCCGGCUUUUCUCUCCUCCCAUGUGCUCAGCGUGUAGUAUUCUGUAUAUAUACAGCCAAAAGUGACAUAGCAUUUUUUUGCCUUCAAUCAAAUGAAUCCUUACACAUAUGCAAAACCUAAUUACUGAUAAUAACUGUGGGUACCCCAUGUGCACUGAACUUUGUAUUCUUGUUGGGUCUCAGCAUGAAUGUGAUAAUGUGAUACAAUUGCAUCCUUAUAGCAUACCUGUUGAGAAUUGAGAGAUCAUAUAAAUGGAGCUGCCUCUACAGAUACAAAACAGAAAAAAAACCCAAGUUGAAUAUAUUGUGUACAUUCAUAUCUUAGAAUAACGAUGAGAGAUGGUUUAUAGAAAAAGAGAUUCCAUCAUAUAAAAUACUUUGGCAUUACUUAAAUGACGCUUUUGAUUAACACUAUUGUUUUACUGCGUAGUUUAUGGUAAAAGCGGGCUGUGGCUAACUAGAUUCUAGUUUUACAUUUACUGUGGCUGCUCUGAGGCCUUCUCUAGGAUAGUAUCCCAGACAUUUUGUUCUAGUCAGAAAGGAAAAUGCCUUUUUUAUAUAACAAAGCAAAGACCAAAAUGCAUUCUAGCUUUCACCAGGGACAAUUUUCUGAUACUUUGAGUUGUGAAAAAUUAACAAUGAACUGCUAUGGUCUCUCUUAUUAACUAUAAUACUAGUAAUGUCUUAAAUUUAUUUUUAGUGGAAUUAUUUUGUUUGGUUUCUGUUGAUAUUGUGAAUCAAAAUGAUAAACUCAUAAGUUACGGACUCUCUGAAAAGGAAGUAUCUCAUUAUGCUACGGGCAAUAUGAUUUGAAAUUAGUGUAAACAAGAGUACCAGUAAUGUCAUUGUUAUUUUUUAGUGUUCUGGAUUGCCCCAAACUUGUGAUUGUAAAGUGAUGAAUAUUUAAAAAAUAUGAAGUUUUGAUAUUUGCUUUUCCUACAGUUUGCUAAACAUGGAGAAACUAAAUCCAUACUUAUAAAAUCAUUAUUUUACUUUGUUCUUGUAUUUUUUAAAGACGAAAGUUAUGUCUCCCUGCAGGUAUUGUACCAUGUUUUCUGUUAUACUUAUGUGUACGACCAAAAACUAAACUCACACCAUUCUGUGGAAUCUGAGGCCCAAAUGUUUAUGAACUGUGGUGACACUAACGUGAAAUUUAGUAGUGUCUGUGGUCAUGUAUUCAUGUCUUUCAAGACUAUCUACAUUGCUUUAUCUUACAACUACAGAGAGGUUGUGAAUGUGGUCUGUCAUUUUUUAUUUCUUUUUUUUAAAAGUUAUUCAUUUCUGUGUUCGAUUAAUAAGCUCUUCUCAUAAUACUUGCCAUUUCUUAUAACCGCCAGGAGUCUUUUCUGACUUUGUGAUGUCAAACGUCACCAAGAUGCCUUCUUACAAGUUAGGGAUAAAACAACCCUAAAGGCACAUUCGCGAAAAGGGGUACAAUAUUAUAGGCCAGACACAAGGGAAGCAAUCCGUCUUUGAACUCGUAUAGCUUUCUAUAAACAAGAUUUGCGUCCCUUGGGCUAUAAAAGUCAGAGCUGACCUGGUACAUUGAUGGGCUUUUAAAGCUGAAGGGAAAAUGGGACAGAUAACCUCCAUCCUCACCGUUCUCUAAUUGAUAUUUUUCAAAAGGCUGUGCUUUUCCGUUAUUUUCGUUUCAUUGUUUUUAUUUUGUUUAAUUGUUUUGCUGGUUUUUUUUAAACUUGUGGUUACCUUGCCAACCGUUGACUGCGUCUUGAACUGUAUACAUAUAGUUGCAUUUCAAGGAUAUUUUGAUUUCUAGAAGUUUCGGUAAGCUUCCUUUAGUAUUAAUUACGCAACAUUAAACUGUAUUUACAAUUUAAGCAAUACAUAUUGAGUCACCUAAUACUCAGUUUUACAUAAUGCAAGAUGCUUAUAUGAUUGUUUUCAUUUUGUUGGUUUUUUCCAGUUUUUUGUUUUUGCACAGGCGCCUGCUAGAAACUAGUUUUUUAGGUUUGUUUUGUAUUUAUUCACCUAUUCUGUUAUUUCAUUUGACCUAAACUUAUGAUUUGACUGUUGUCACAGCAUUUUGUCCAUCUUGGCAUGGAGAUUUUGCUUCAUGAUUGCAUAAUUAAAGAAAAAGGAAAGUUGUAAAGACUGUGUUGGUGUUAUUAUACAGUGAUUGAGAUGUCCAAGAAUUCUGUAUUAUAUUCUCUUUUUCAAAUUGAUUUUAAAAUUUUAAAGGUAAUGAUUACUGAAGCCAUCUCUGAUUCUUGACUUCUUCUUUGUCUUGAUUUUCUCUUGAGAUUUUGUUCGUUUCAGAAUGUACAAAAGUCUCGAUUAUAGUCAAUAUGAAGUGUGUGCCAGUACUUUGAAGGUUUCUUUGAUCGUUAUGACGGAUUAAAUUCCAUGUCUUAUCACAGGAGAUAUAGGGGCAGUAUAAAGUAUUUGUACGAUCUGACUAUUGGUGAACUUUGUGGGGUAUUCUUUAUGUUUUCAUCUUGUCCUUUUUAUAUAUAUCUAAAUGCUCAUUACUUCAUUUGACGACAAGAUCUGGUUUAGUUAUUUGAAUUCGCUGUCAUUCCUUUAUUUAUAAUUUGUAUUAAUUUUUACAAUUUUGUAGAUGUGUAUAUAGUCAUGUUAAUAAGUACUUACUUUUGUAAUGAGCAUUGACUACAUGUUUUAGAUGAUUAAAGUUGGUCUAGCUGAA